AUGAAUGAUAGCGGUCCUACUUCAGUUCCUCCAAAAACAGAGUUUAAUAAAUAUAAAAUUGGCAAAGUCAAAAGUACACCAGCUAUUCAGCGAGAUGCAAAGACCAAUUUAACCUACAUUAAGCUAAGAAAGAGAAGCAGCGAGAAAGUUUACGGCUGUACUGUUUUCCAAAAUCAUUACCGUGAAGAUGAAAAAUUGGGUCAAGGUACAUUUGGUGAGGUUUAUAAGGGAAUUCAUUUAGAGACUCAACGGCAAGUGGCAAUGAAGAAAAUUAUAGUUGGCGUAGAAAAAGAUCUGUUUCCAAUAACAGCACAAAGAGAAAUUACCAUUUUAAAGCGUUUGAAUCACAAAAACAUCAUUAAACUAAUUGAAAUGGUUUAUGAUCAUUCACCAGAUAUUAUAAAUGCAGCAUCCACUAACUUGCAUAAGUCAUUUUACAUGAUCCUGCCCUACAUGGUCGCGGAUCUAUCUGGUGUUUUGCAUAAUCCAAGAAUUAACUUAGAAACAUGUGAUAUCAAAAACAUGAUGCUACAAAUAUUAGAAGGCUUAAAUUAUAUUCAUUGUGCAAAAUUCAUGCAUAGGGAUAUAAAGACAGCAAAUAUUUUGAUUGACCAUAAUGGUGUUUUAAAACUUGCUGAUUUUGGUUUAGCAAGAUUAUAUUAUGGUUGUCCUCCAAAUCUAAAGUAUCCUGGUGGCGCUGGUUCUGGUGCCAAAUAUACAUCAGUAGUGGUAACAAGAUGGUAUAGAGCUCCAGAAUUGGUUCUUGGUGAUAAACAUUAUACUACAGCUGUUGAUAUAUGGGGUGUCGGAUGUGUUUUCGCAGAAUUUUUUGAGAAGAAACCUAUCUUACAAGGCAAAACAGAUAUUGAUCAAGGACAUGUCAUCUUUAAACUACUAGGGACACCGACAGAAGAUGACUGGGCUAUGGCUAGGUAUCUGCCAGGUGCUGAAUUAACAGGAACUAAUUACAAACCAACGUUAAAGGAAAGAUUCUGCAAGUAUUUGACCGAAGCAGGUCUAGACUUCUUAGGGCAGUUAUUAGCGUUAGAUCCCUACAAGAGAUUGACCACUAUGUCCGCUAAACUCCAUCCUUGGUUCAGAGAAGACCCUUUGCCAUCAGAAAAAAUAACAUUGCCAACUGAGGAAAGUCACGAAGCUGAUAUCAAGAGAUACAAAGAGGAAAUGCAUCAAACAUUAUCACAAAGAGUACCUACAGCGCCAAGAGGCCAUACAAUUGAAAAGAGUGAAUCACCAAUUUCGAAAAACCGUGGGCCAAUUCCGAAAGGACCCAAGAAAGAUGAGGGCUUUUUUUUGGCACCAUCAAGGGAUAUAGUAGCCAAGCCACCUCCUCCAAAAAUGAGAGAUCAGCAUCAAAAUUCCAGACAGCAUCAUGCUAACAAUGGAUAUUCUAAAGUUGCAAUUUCACCACCAGCUGCUCCUACAGGUGUUAACAGAUACAGCGCCAACAAUGGUUCCAGAAAUAAUCGUUUUAACAGCAGUACUAUGGCACCAAAUAAUAACAGAAAUCCAGUAAAUCGAUUUCAUCCUGAGACAAACAUCAACACCAAAUAUACCAAAGUGCCGUUGCCACUGGGACCACAAUCAAGAUACCAGGGUAACUCGGCUGAUUCUAGAUACAAAGGCUCGCCCAAUGACUCUAGAUACCGUAACCCUAGGUAUUUUAACAAGCCCGAAACUAAUUUCAAUAAGCCACUACCGAAAUAUAGUCGCCAAGAACCCAAUGUACCAAUUAACAGGAACUUCAAUCCUUCCAACGGGUCCCGCGAUGCUAUUUUCGAUCAUCACCAAGAAUCUAGGCCACCCCCUCCACAGUUUCCAGUGUCAUCCUCACAGGGUCAACAUCAACUUACGAAUAAACCAAUAGAGAAAAAAAACGGAAGCUUUAUGGAUGAGAGAGUGAAACCAGAUGAGCCCAAGGAGUUUGAUAAUAGUGAUAUAGCAGAUCUGUAUUAG